AUGAAAACAAAAAAAAAAAAAUUUAUCGUGGCAACAAACAAAAGAGGAAAAAAAAAAAAACAACUCAUGUUAAUUGUAGUGCACGAAGAAAAAAAAAAAAAUACGCAGAUGAGAACAACUGGAAAAACAAAAAACUCUAACGAAGUUGUGUUUAAUCAAGGUCGUUUAUUUGAAUAUCUCAAUGUCGAAAUUUACAUGUCGUCACACGAGAAAAGAAAAAAAAUUGAUUUAUUUCGUUAA